AUGUCUUCACUCGAGCCUAUCAAGAUCUGGGUUACUUCGGCAGGCCCCAACCCAUGGAAACCGGUCAUAAUUCUUGAAGAACUUGGUAUCCCAUACGAACUCAAACUCCUCUCCUGGGAAGAAGUACUAGGGUCCGAAUACAAGAAGAUCAAUCCAAAUGGAAAGGUUCCUGGUUCUGCGUUUUCCACCGGGAGAAGCUUCCCUCCGUCAUCGACCGCUACGACCAGCAAGCCCUUCGUAUCCUGGGUAUCCUCAAUGCCCAUCUUGAAGGGAAGAACUAGCUUGUUGGCGACAAGUUCUACCUUUCCCCAUCCAAUUUCCCCCACCAGCACUUUAGGCACUUCCUGGCAGGACUUCCUUGCCUCUUCAGAAUCCCUCAUACCCCUCUUAAAGGAGAUGUCAACCACCGCCAGACCUGCGGGGAUGCUCGCUCUCAUUAGUGCGCUUCUAGUUAUCUGGCUUGCAUAUCAGUGUCUGUAUUGGCUCUACGCACUGAGAAAACAUCGAAAGCUCGCUUCGGAAAGCGGGUGGCCUUCCAUGACCUCCUUGGUACACGUCAACGACACCUUGUAUAUCUUAACACAUAAAGUUGCUGCAUCGGUGACGAAAUGGGCCCCUCUGGACCUAAUCCGAACUUGGUUUCCGUGGUCUAUACUACUUCGAGUCUGGCAUGCUGGAUAUGAACCCUUUCAAGCCAUUCAAUCUGACUCAUUCAUCAUAACCUCCUCGUCCGGCAACAUGCUUCUUACGUGUGAUCCUGAAGUUUGUCAACAAAUCUUCGCUCGGUCCCACGAUUUCAAAGCUCCCAUUGAGACUCUGUACAUCUACAACAUCUACGGACCGACAUUAGCUGCAUCCAAAGAGGAGCAUUGGCGACGAAUUCGAAAAGUCACAACACCGUAUUUCAAUACAGAGACUAACACCACGGUUUGGAGAGAGCGCCUAGAGAAAACAGAUGAGUUGACAAAGACGUGGUCAAAUGACGGCAUUCCGAUCACAGAUGUGAAGAAAAAAGUCGCGGCAAAACUCAUCAUCGGUGUUAUUGCGAAAGUAUUCUUUGGGGAAACCAUUCAUUUGGAAGAUUGUCGAUCGGGGCCAAGAACUACUAAGAAUGACGAGAAGUCGUUCAGUGAGGCGCUACUGAAGCUAGGGGAUCGACCAUACAACGAAUGGAAGCGCCAUAUGUUACGAAUGCAUGACCAAACAUCGUUGGGCCUGACCAAAUCUGACACACAGAAUAGAUUCAAAACAUUGCUGGGGUCGCUGAUAUCUGCGGGUAAUACCGAAGAUGUUCAUUCAGAGAAGCCAUUACACUUGUCACAAGAUGAAGUCCUUGGAAAUAUAUUUUUCUUCAUGCUCGCAGGGCACAACACUGCCUCCACAGUUACAUCGUUUGCUAUACUCUUACUUACUCUCCACACGGACGUCCAGAGCAAACUUCAGGGAGAGCUUGAUACGGCUAUUGGCGGACGGUCCCAUUCUGACUGGAACCUUCGACAGGAUUUCCAGCCGCUGUAUGCAGGUUAUCUCGGAGCAAUAGUAAAAGAAACGCUGUGUCUCUACACUCCAGUAGAAUGGCUCCCAAAACGUGCACAAAGCGACACGACUAUCGUCGACGGAAGUGGAAGAACAUGCUUCAUCGUGGAGGGGCCAAUCUGCAUGCUCGACUUCGCCGCAAUGUUUCGGCAUCCACGAUACUAG